CCAAGAUCUUUCUCUAACUCUGCCUUUCAAAUACAUAAAAUACGUCAUUUAAAAUCAACCACAAGGAAUACAGUACGUGGGCAAAUAAAGCAUGCCAACAUUGAAUCCAUCUUUCUGUCCACCCUGGAGGACUUCCCGAAGGAGGAAGCACCCUAAGCUGCAAGAAUUGAGCCAAGCUGAGCCGUGGGUACCACCCUCUCGCUCCCGACCUGGGCAAGCCAUGACCGAGGCUGGGAAGCUGCCCCCACCGCUCCCUCCACGACUGGACUGGUUCGUGCACACCCAGAUGUGCCAGCUAGCCCGCGACGGGAUCCCUGAGUGGUUUCAUGGGACCAUCUCGAGAGAAGCCGCCGAGAAGCUGUUGGAGUCUGAGCCACUGGGGUCCUUCCUCAUUAGGGUCAGCCACAGCCACGUGGGCUACACACUGUCCUACAGAGCCGAGAGCUGCUGCCGCCAUCUCAUGAUCAAGCUACUGGAAGAUGGGAGCUUCGUCAUCCCCGGCCAGGAGGUGGCCCACGCCUCGCUGGACGCCCUGGUCGCCUUCCACCUGCACAACCCGGUCCAGCGGCACGGGGAAGAGCUGCUGAGCCAUCCCUGCGGGCAGAAGGAUCCAGAAAAUGUGGACUAUGAAGAUCUCUUCCUUUACUCCAGUGCCCUGGCAGAGGAAGUCUGUAGUCGCAUGCAUGACCCCUGGGACCCCCAGAGAUCUUCGCCCUGCCAGGGGGCCACCCCUGAGGAGCGCAAGGACAAAAGACCCUCAGCUGAGAAGGACCAUGGAGCCACGCAGGGAGCCCCAGCUGCCCUUGGCGAGACACGGCACGGACUCUGGAGGAACCUCAAGAUGCUGCCCCAGGCGGGCAAGAGGGUCCAGCAGCAGCUGAAGGCCCAGCUCACGGCCGUCAGCCUCUCGUCCCUCCGGGAUGCUGGGCGACCGGAGGUGACCCAGAGCCACGGGGCCAGGCUGGGCAGCCAAGGGCACCGGGACAGCUCCUCCUCCUGCAGGGACUCCUGCCCGGCCUCACUCCUUAGAAGCCACUCUCAGCCGUGCAGAGACAAACCCGUCUCCUCCGAGAAGGCCACCAGGUCCUCGAGCUGCAGCGAGGCCACGACCAGGGACCGGGGUUGGCACCGUGUGCUGGUCAGAGCCCUGUCCUCGCACGCAGCCAAGUCGGAGCCGAAGGACUCGCAAGAGCCAGAGCACUGGCUCCCUGAGGAGUACCGCCAACCACCACCCUUCGCCCCUGGGUACUGCUGAGGGGCCAUUCCACCUCUCUCGGUGCCCCCAGCUCACACACAUGGGCACCAGUGCCCAGGAGCCUGGGAUGUAAGGCAGGUGUUGGCGCGGGGGCCACCUCAGUGGACAGCACUCACUCACGGUGCCACUGGCUAAGGGCACCUGCUGUGCAUGCCAGGUACUGGCAAGACCCUCCACUGACAGCAGCCUUUCCAACCAGUAGGUUCGGCACCUGCAGGUUCGUGCUUGCCAGUGAUCAAAAAUGUAUCAUAAAAUUGGGCCCAGCGGCAUGGCCUAGUGGCUCAA